UUUACUCUCUCUCAUCUAAGAUGGCUGUUCGGAGCUCUUGAGUCCCCCGAGCGAAGCGACCGAGGAUGCUUGCGCCUCCAAAAUCAACUUUCACCCGGCCAUCCCUUCCCAUGCGCACCCCGUAAGGUGCGGAGGGCACUCUAGCAUCAGUACUGCCUCCGAACGCCCCGUCCAUCCGGCGUGAAGCUCUUUAAAUCAAGUUGUUUGGCGAAGUCGAGCCUCGCCACUGAGUGUGAGUGAGUGACUGAGUGUCCAAUAACACUGAACAUCCAAAUGGCCGAACCGAGAAAAGUGCAGUUUGUCACCCUGUCGGCCCAGGCCGGCGGUCCGGGCGCGGAGGGCAGGAGACGGCGGCUGGAGGAGGACGGAGCCGCCGAGACGAGUUUUGACCGAGAGGGCAGGAUGAAGAUGAUGGGGACCGGGGUGACGACAGCGGGUGACCGCGGGGCUUUGAUCGGGAAGAGGGACAGCGAAGAGCCCAAAGGGAAGACAGUACGCCUCAACCUGUGUCUGUCCGAGCCUAACGAGCAACGCUCGGCCGAGUUCAACUACAGCGAGCUCAUCCAGUCUCAACAGGCCAAGAAGAAUCCACCAGAUUCUAAGUCUUCUCUGGACCCGAACGAUCCCUUUAACAAUGCUGAGAGAGAACGUCUGGAGGUCGAGGCGCUGGCCAAAAAGCUUGAAAGCAAAUACGGUAACGCAGGGAAAAAGAGGCGGAAAGACCGGAUGCAGGAUUUGAUUGACAUUGGCUUCGGCUACGAUGAGAGUGACCCCUUCAUAGACAACUCGGAAGCUUAUGAUGAGCUUGUUCCAGCCUCACUGACCACUAAGCUUGGUGGAUUCUACAUUAAUACGGGUACUUUGCAGUUCAGAGCUGCCUCUGAAUCUGAGGGAGAGGAUGGAGGCAAAGUAGUAAAAUCCAGGGUGUCUUCAGCUUCAGGAAGUAAUCUCUUGGGCUCAGUGCCCCCUUCCCUCCCCCUGGGUUUCGGGAUGCUCGGGGGUCUAGUGCCUGUUUCUCUGCCCUUCCAGUUCCCCUCAUUCCUCAACUUUAACCCUCCAGGCACUGGAGUUCCUGGCUGCAGCAACAUGGGAGCUUCACCCGCUACCAACUCAGGAUACACCCUGGCACAGA